GCAUGGCAUCCGCGCACUCACCGCAUCCCCAGGCGGCUGCAGGGCGCAGAAAGGCCCAGGGCAGACCCGAAUCCACCGCUACAGGCCGCGCGAAGCCCGGCGGCUCAGGGUGGUCGUUUCGCUGAUUUGGCUCCAUCAGACGCAGCGCAACGCCCAGUCAAAGACAUGACAAGCUCUGACAGUCCGGGUCAACGACAGAGAGCGUAUCUCCUCGGACUUGAGCCUCAAGGCACGGAAAUGCAGCCAUGCGCUAUGUGAACAGGGCCUUCUAUCCCAGCUCCCGAGUCCCUAGCUGCCCUCGGGCUCACACCACUACCAUACGGAGUCGAUACAUGUUGCAUCACCGCGCUCUUGCUCACACCACUGAGGUAAAUCCGAACAGCCCUAUCUGGUCCCCAAUACUAGAAUCGGAGACUACUGAAGUGGCCGCCGCUGGUAUAUCACCACCGCACCUUGGUCAGGGAAGAGCUCGUCCACCUCACACCAAUCUCCUUGAAUCUCGGACUCUCUGCACGACAUGGGCUGGAAACCAAAGCGUACGCUGGAAGAAUGCGACGAGAUCCUUUGUGCUCCUGGAAUGCCCCACGAGAUGGAGACGCGUAUAAUAGACGGCAGGGUACAGCGGGUCUACAAGAAUCUCUGGCCGUCGCUCCGAAGCUUUUGGCUAUGGGCUGCCUCGGAGUACAAGAACUCGACUUACAUCGUCUUCGGCGACGAGAGGGCUUCCUACCACGAGGUGUACCGCAGAUCUCUACAGGCGGCUGCUAUGUUCUAUCAGCGGUACGGCAUCCGCAAAGGCGAUCGAGUCGGCAUCUGCGCACGCAAUCUUCCAGACUACCUUGUGGCCUUCUGGGCAUGUCAGAUUCUGGGCGCCGUAUCUGUCCUCGUGAAUGCUUGGCUGCCUGCCGAGCCGCUCGUGCACUGCUUGAGUCAUACGGGCUGCAAGCUGGUGCUUGUCGAUACCGAGCGCGCGGAUCGAAUCGCCCACGCGGUGCCAAGGCUGCGUGACGGCGGAGCCAAUGGAUUCGUCGUUCUUGACGCCCCGGGCCGUAGUUCCAAAUGGGAAGGUAUAGAGCUCUGGCAGAUUGUAAUGCGGUCCAGCGCGAGCAGCUCGAACGACGCUCUUGCUCUCUCCCCCGACAUCCAGCCUGAGGACAACGCGACGGUCAUAUUCACUUCUGGAACCACGGGGUUGCCAAAAGGAGUUCUGUCCACGCAGCGCCAGUUUCUCACGAAUAUACGCAAUGCUACCGCAGCGGCGGGCCGUGCAGCACUUAGGCGAGGGGACAGCGCAUCGGUGGCUCCCUCAGGUCCGCAAUCGGGGCUGCUGGUCUCUGUACCCUUCUUCCACGUAACAGGCUUGACAAGCCUUUCGAUGCUUGCCACUUCUACAGGGAAUAAAAUUGUUUUGGUGCGGAAGUGGGACUCCGUUGAAGGCGACAGGUUGAUCCAGGCGGAGAACGUCAGGGUUGCAGGAGGCGUCCCGUCCAUGGUGGCGGAUCUAGUCGACAGGGCAGCGGCUAGCGAUGGCCUUACGCUUGACACCCUUCUGUUUGGCGGUGCGCCAGCCCCGCAAGUGCUGCCCCACAAGGCCAAGACGGCGUUCCCCAAUACCGUUCUGAGCCAAGCAUAUGGCAUGACAGAAACCAACUCUAUUGCUGUCGGUAUUGCGGGAGAAGACUACGUGGCGCGACCGACUAGCGUGGGCCUGCCAUGUCCAGUCAACGACGCGAUAGUGGUACGAGACGGUGUCACCGUGCGCACAGGCGAGAUCGGCGAGAUUUGGCUGCGAGGUCCAGACGUCAUGAGGGGCUAUUGGGGUGAUGCAGCGGCAACGGCUAAGACGAUCACCGAGGAUGGAUGGAUUCGAACCGGAGACCUCGGACGUGUCGACGAUGAAGGUUUCUUGUAUGUCCAUGAUCGAAGUACGCUAGUCAAAGAUAUGAUCAUCCGCGGAGGCGAGAAUAUUGCAUCAGUAGCUGUAGAAGAUGCGCUAUACCACGAUGAACGCCUCGCGGAGGUAGCCGCGGUAGGCGUACCCGAUGAGAGGCUCGGCGAACUUGUUGCUGUCGUCGUCUCGACGAAGCCAGCAUACCACGGACAGGUCCAGGAAGCAGAGCUUCUUGCGCUUGCGAGAACAAAGUUGCCACGUUUCGCUGUCCCCGUGAUGAUUAUUAUACAAGACGAGGCUUUCGAGCUUACACCCUCAGCGAAGAUUAUCAAGGCCCCGCUCCGUAAGCUUGCCGCUCGAGAGUGGGAGAGACGGAAAGCCAAAGCACCCGCGCGGCUGUGAUACCCUGACUUUGAUGGGAAGUUUUUUUUUUGGCUUCCGCCUCUACAUAUACCUAUGUAUGACCUUGAUGACUUUUCACUGGCCAUGUGGCCAGCUAAAUGUAAUUAUUUGUGUCACGUUCAUACUCGUCUUUAGUAAUUAAUGCGGUUUCGUUCUUGGGUUGCCC